AUGCAAGUAGCUCAAAUCCCACCGGAACGAAUCGUCAUCGUCGGACAAAGUCUGGGAACGGCGGUCACAUCCGCCGUCGUGGAACAUUUCGCUGAACAGGGUACUGACUUUGCCGGUGUCGUGCUGGUGGCUGGGUUCACGAGCAUCCCCAAUCUUCUCACCGGCUACUCGAUUCUGGGGUACAUCCCGAUCUUGUCGCCGUUUGGUACUCAUCCUGCUCUGCAGCGGCUACUGGCCAGCUAUGUGGUCGACGAGUGGCCGUCUGUGACACGUAUUGCGAAUAUUGUCCGGCGAAGUAAGAAGCUGAGGCUGUUUAUCAUUCACUCGAGAGAUGAUCCUGAAAUUCCUUGGACCCAUUCGGAGGGUCUCUUUGCUGCUGCUGCAAAUGCUACUACUGACGGUGGUAUGGAUGUGGAAUUAUUCCAGAAGAUGAAGGAUACAUCAACGACUGACAUGGGAGAUGGCUCUUUCAUCAGCACCUGGAAGGCUACCAGUGACAAAAUCAUCAGAGAGGAAAUUGUGGGACAUGGCCAACACAGCAGGAUCUUGACUUAUGCACCUGUUGCUCUUGCCGCUUUGAAGGCAUUCGGUAUGGAUAAUGGAGGUAGUCUUCCACUGUAA